AUAAAAAACAAGGAGCGAAGACUGACCAGAGCUUCUCAUUUCCUGUCGUCGUCGUCGUCAUCUUGGUCAGCCUCUCUCUCUCUCUCUCCGGCGUCGGAAUCGUCGACGAAUGAGGUUGUGGAAUGUUUGAAGAAACCCUGAAGUGAGACAAGCUGUAGGAUGCUGGAAUCACAUAUUCUCUGGGCAUGUUUGGUUAUUUCUGAUUCCUUGUGAUUAGCGGCUUGUUGUGCUAUCUAUUGCAAUCCCGUGUGUCCGUCCUGAGGUGUGACUGGUUCACCGUCUUGCUUACGGCUUGUGAGUUGCAAAUGAUCGGGAAAAUGGUCGAGGGGCCUAAGUUCAAUGGAUUCAUUGGAGGGCACAAUAACAACAAUAACGAUUAUUACGAUUACUAUAAAAAACUUGGUGAAGGUUCAAACAUGUCCGUCGAUAGUUUACAGACAAGUAUUGCUGGGGGAUCUGUGUCCAUGUCAAGUAAAACAAGUAGUGUUGGGUCCAAUGAUUCUCAUACCCAUAUUCUAGGCCAUCCAGGCCUGAAGGCUGCUCGCCACAAUUACUCCGGCACUGCAGAAAACAGUGUUUAUCGUCCAGGCAACCACGAACUCAGCGAUGAUGCACUUGCGCAAAGUUUAAUGGACGAUAGAUAUCCAGUUGAAGGAUUGGGGGAUUUCGAUGAUUGGACUAUUAAUUUAGGGAAACUGAAUAUGGGUCCUGCUUUCGCUCAAGGAGCCUUUGGAAAGCUAUAUCGAGGAACGUACAAUGGAGAGGAUGUUGCCAUUAAGAUCCUCGAGAGGCCAGAGAAUGAUCCUGAGAAAGGGCAACUGAUGGAGCAACAGUUUCAACAGGAGGUGAUGAUGCUUGCAACGCUGAGGCACCCCAAUAUCGUGAGGUUCAUUGGGGCCUGCAGGAAAUCAGUUGUCUGGUGCAUUGUUACAGAGUAUGCAAAGGGAGGGUCACUGAGGCAGUUUUUGACGAAGAGGCAAAAUAGAGCUGUGCCCUUGAAACUGGCGGUUAAGCAGGCAUUGGAUGUGGCAAGGGGAAUGGCCUACGUGCAUGGGCUUGGGUAUAUUCACAGAGAUUUGAAAUCAGACAACCUUCUAAUUGCUGCAGACAGGUCCAUCAAGAUUGCGGAUUUUGGGGUUGCUCGAAUCGAGGUUAAAACAGAGGGAAUGACACCAGAGACAGGGACUUACCGUUGGAUGGCCCCGGAGAUGAUCCAGCACAGGCCGUACACGCAGAAGGUGGAUGUAUACAGCUUCGGGAUCGUGCUGUGGGAGCUAAUAACGGGAAUGGUUCCGUUCCAUAACAUGACGGCAGUGCAGGCAGCGUUUGCGGUGGUGAACAGAGGGGUAAGCCCGCCGAUCCCUAACGAGUGCCUUCCAGUGCUUAGCGACAUCAUGGCUCGUUGCUGGGACGCUGACCCGGAAGUCCGUCCACCGUUCACGGAGAUUGUGACGAUGCUCGAACGUGCUGAGACCGAGAUACUCACCACUGUACGUAAGGCCAGGUUUAGGUGUUGUGUUCAACCGAUGACAAUUGACUGAGUCCAGAGAAGAACACACGAGAAGGAAGAUGAAGAAACAAAACCCAUUAUGAGGGAUAGAAUCCAGAGGAAAAAGCUUUGCGUAUGUGUUAUAUAUAUAUAUAUAUAUAUAUAUAUAUAUAUAUAUGUAUGUGUGUAUGUAUGCGUGUAUGUGGUUGUGUUUGGGUAUUUUGUCGUUUUGUUGUUCCGAGUUGAAGAAUACAGUGGGAUUGAAGCAGUUAUGUGGGAGGCUCUCUGUGAUUCAUAUAAGAAGAGCUUUGACACUCUUUUCAUGUCACUUAAUGACAAUGUAAUAUCGGAGCCUUUGCUUUA